AUGGUGAAAAGUCUUUUAAUUUUUACGUUGCUUUCGUUGAGCAUUAUGACUACAUCAGCUUGUUCUAUUCUUCAUGAGCUAGAAGAUGAUAAAACUACUUCUAAUCCUUGUCCAAAAGCAAGUUCCUGGGAUCAUGAAAACUUAGCAUAUUCUAAUGCUAAUGAAGAAUCAGUCUUUCACAAUUCAAAAGCCAACCAUACUCAAGAAAAUCCAAAGAAAAUGAAGAUAGUGAUAAUAGGAUCUCUUUUUAUGGGCCACAUAACCCCAACAAUUGACAUGACAAAAUCGUUAAUAUCAAGAGGCCAUGAAAUUACCUAUUAUGCUCCAAUACAAUCAGAAAAGCUAUUACAAGCGUCAGGGGCGAAAUUCAUCCCAUACCCCAACCUAGAAAUAUCAAGGCAUAGUACUGUUGAUGGUACAAAAGUGAAGAUAACUCAAAUUGGCUUACAGCUUAUGCACAUACUCGGUUCGUUUACUGACUUUAUUAUGCCAUGGUUUAAAGAGAUGCUAGAUAAAGAAAGUUUUGAUGCUAUCAUCUUUAGCUCAUUUACUAUAUGAGGAAAUACCGUUACCAAUUACUUGAAAAAGCCAUUUUUAUGCUUUGAGCCUUCUAUAUUUCCAGCAGAAACCGAAUUUAGGCUACAGACUCAUUUUUUCGAUGAUGGGAAAGAAGAGCAAGCUAAAUUUGCUGAAAAGCUUCACGAUGAGUAUAAUUCCAAUGGAAAAAAUCUUGUAGAAAUGCUAUCAUGCAGUUAUGCAGAAAAGAUUUUAAUGUUUUCUCCUCAAAAGUUUCUUGAGAAAACUGUUUCAUCAAAAUUUCCCAACCCUAAUAAAUAUAUUUUUUUACACAGUAUUUCUUCCCAGACAUCCAAAAACCCUAUUCCUGAAUUGAAAGAAAACAGCUUAAUAUAUUUCUCAUUAGGAACUCUACUAAAUGAAAGGCUCGAUAUUUUUGGCUCAAUUAUAGAAUUCUUCUGUAGUACAAAAUAUAAGCUAAUAAUUAGCAGCGGAGGAAAUGAAAAUCUUUAUCAAGAAAUUACUUCUAAAUAUCACUGUGAUAACAUUGAAGUUAAGUUAUUUACAAGCCAGCUAGAAGUUCUCCAAGAAGCCGCAAUUUUCAUUUCUCAUUCAGGGCUCAAUAGUGUAAGAGAAGCAGUUUCUAAUACGGUCCCAAUGAUUACUAUUCCUCAGGGUGCCGAUCAGUUCGUAAUAGCCAGAAGUGUCACUGAGCUUGGACUAGGCGUUUCAUUUGAAGAUUAUGAAGGAAGCUUAGACGAUAAAAUCAAACUUGCUUUUAAUGAGAUUGAAAGCAAUUUUACAAAAUAUAAAGAAAAUCUAAAAAGGGUUCAAAAGACACAUUUCGAUGGGCAAGUUUAUGAAGAUUCCAUGUUAGAAGUGGAAAAUUAUUUGCUUAAUAUAACUCAUAAGCUUUAA